AUGCUCUUGGCUUGGUACAGCCAGAUGGCCAUUGGUACGGCGAAAUCAGGUGCAAUAUCACCCCCCACGGCGGAAUAUGUUUUCCUUCGACAGGCACUGGGACUAGAUCUCACAGCUGAUGCCGCAGCUUACUGCCGUCAUCUUCUCUCUCAACAAAACAACGAUGGGUCUUGGGGUCUAGCGCCUGGGUACCCAGGUGAUGUAUCGACCUCGACCGAAGCCUAUCUUACAUUGAAGAUCUUGGGAACGAGUCCGCACAUCCCAGCCAUGAAGAGGGCCCGACAAUCUGUGCUCAAAGCAGGCGGAAUUGCCCGGGUGCGUGUUUUCACACGCAUUUUCUUGGCCACCUUUGGUCUCUUCCCAUGGGAUGCAGUACCGCAACUUCCUGUGGAGCUUAUGCUGCUACCAUCCAUAUGUCCAAUCAACAUCUACAAUUUUGCAUCUUGGGCUCGCAGCACUAUUGCUCCAUUGUUAAUCAUCUGCCAUCACCAACAAGUGUAUCCGCUGCCAAAUGGGAGGUCGCCUGAAAACAACUAUUUGGACGAGCUUUGGCUGAAUGCCACGAACAAAUGUGUACCCUAUGGUUCGUCUCUCUGGGAUAUGAUGUCUCAGAAAGAGAUCACAGGGCUGGCAUUUGGAAUUUUGGACAAAAUACUCUAUCAGCUCAAUGGACUGCGUUCCUUCCCUCUGAUCCGGCCGUACGCCCGAAGACAAUGUAUGAAAUGGAUCCUGGAACACCAGGAAAAUACCGGUGACUGGGGCGGAAUCUUCCCUUCCAUGCAUGGCGGCAUAUUUGCAUUAUUGCUGGAAGGCUACAACCUAGACGAUGACCCAGUCCGCCUUGGAAUCCAGGCAUUGGAGAGAUUUAUCUGGGAAGACGAAAAUGGAAGGAGAAUGCAACCCAGUGUCUCGCCUGUCUGGGACACAGCCCUGAUGACUAUUGGCCUUUGCGAUGCCAUGUCACCGAACAAACAGACCAUGGACGAUGCUUUGACAUGGAUCCGAGCACGUCAGCUGCUUGAGCCUCGCGGAGAUUGGCGCAUAUACCGACCACACCUGGCCCCUGGCGGCUUCAGCUUCGAAUAUGAGAACAGUUGGUAUCCCGAUGUGGAUGAUACAGCGGCAAUCAUCCUCGCCCAGGUGAAGCACGAUGUUCGAUCCAUUGGUUCCGAUUCUGUGAUUUCAGCAGCUACCUGGAUUCUCGGCAUGCAGAAUGCCGAUGGAGGGUGGGCUGCCUUCGAUGUAGAGAACGAUAAGAUGUUCCUCAACAAAAUCCCCUUCAGCGACAUGGGUAGCCUGUGUGAUGCAUCCUGCGCUGACAUCACUGGGCGGAUACUCGAAGCCUUCGGGCUGAUGAUGUGGGGCUCUUCUGAAAAAACUAGUGCCGACAAACUAUUGCCUGCACUGGAUGCAGCGUGCGCGCGCGGCUUGCAUUACCUUGCUUCUACACAGGACCCCAAUGGGUCGUGGUACGGAAGAUGGGGAUGCAAUUACAUCUACGGCACGAGUAAUGCGCUGUGUGGUCUUGCCUAUUUCGUCCAGCAAAGCCAGGUUCAGGCGAUGGUCAAGCCGGCUCUGCAAUGGUUGAAGUCAAGACAAAAUGAGGAUGGCGGUUGGGGCGAGCCUUUCCAAUCGUAUCAAUCGCCUGAGCAAUACCAGCAUGCGUCCACGCCAUCACAGACUGCAUGGGCACUAAUGGGGCUACUCGCCCAUCUCCCAGUCACAGAUGACGCUAUUGCGUGUGGAAUCCGGUACCUGGUAUCAUCUCAAAGACCAGCGAAAGAAAUUGGGUCAUCAUGGCCAUCGGCGUGGACUGGAACUGGGUUUCCAAACCACUUCUAUUUGGACUAUGACUACUAUCGUCACUAUUUCCCUAUGAUGGCCCUUGGGCGGUAUUUGCAAGGCACUCGUCACAGCCGAAGGGAUUUGAAGUCCGGCGUUUCCUGA